AUGGAUGACUACCUCUCUUCCUCCCAAGCCUCCGACGGGAAGUUCAGGAGCAAACAAAAAGACAAGAACAAGAAGAAGGCAGCAACCAAGACCAACAAGAAGACAUCCAACAGUGCAAAGAACAACAAACCACCCAAAAUCCCCAAUCAGGACAUCAACUCCAAGCCCCCAGAAGAUAUCCCCAUUGAAAACAUGAGUGUUGCAUCCAGCCUCUCACCACAACCAACUCCUACAGACCACCACAACAGCAAAAAGAAGUACCCCGGAGCAACCCUAGAAACAACAGUGCGCAAACAAAGGAAAAGAACAGCCCAAAGCGCACCACCAAGGCAACCAAGAAACCCCAAGACACCAAAAGACA